AUGCGCUUCACCGCACCACUCCUCGCCCUGGCCAACGUAGCCUACGCUCAGAUCAACGGCACGAACGGCAUUGGCUCAAAACCUUCCGAGCGUUACGUUGUAUCAGCAGACCAGGCAUAUCAGAUCGUCCAGGCAGCCGUCAAGAAUGCCACCGCAAUCGGGGUGCCCCAGAAUGUUGCCGUCGUCGAUCCUUCCGGCCUUCUUGUGGCAUUUCUUCGUAUGGAUAAUGCCUACAUUGGCUCGGUCGAUAUCAGUCAGAAGAAGGCAAAGACCGCAGUAGUGUUCAAUGGCUUGUCCAGCGCAGGACUAUAUGACGCGAGCCAGCCUGGUGCGCCCUUGUAUGCUAUUGAGCAGACAAAUGGUGGGCUGGUCGUUUUUGGUGGAGGACUGCCAAUCUACUACCAAGGACGAUUGAUCGGUGGUGUUGGUGUCAGUGGAGGAACUGUGCCCCAAGACAUUGAGGUUGCUGCAGCCGGGUUGGCAGGUAUUGGAGCAAGCGCUACUGCGCCGACGUAA